AGGAAAUAUAUAAAGGAGAGCCUCUGCUCCACUCUCAGCUGAAACCCUUCCUGGCAAGAUGAGUCCCACCAGCUUCUUCCUCCUCACAUUGCUCCUCGUUCUGGUGGCAGAAACAACGGCAAGGAGGCCCCGUGAAAAAUUCUCCCAAUCAGCUGAAGACUAUUCUAGUGAAAGUUCUGAAGCAAAAAGUCCAAAAAGCAUGGUCCAUGAGGAGGUCUAUGAGGAAAAGAAGUUUAAACACAAUGUGGUCGACAGUGACGAAAGUGAUGACAGGAGGAGUGCCUCGGCAGGGGAGAUAGAGAGGUCUUACGUGCGGAAAAAGGAAAAGCAACGGUUUGCACAAGAAAUGGAUAAAUAAAAUGGCUACGAAGAAACUGAAGACCUGGACAGAAAUGAUGGAGUCAUACACUGUGAGUGAAGUUCCUCAUGUCUUCAGGAUGGAGACUCCGCGGAGGUCCCAGACAUGGUUCACGGAUUUAUUUCAUUUGCUUCUCAAAUUUGUUUUUGAGAUUCCUAAACCUGGUGGUUAUGAAAAUACCUUCUUCCCAAUAAAAAGACAACAUUUUGCAUC